CAGCGCCAGAAGCUGAUGGCCGUGACCGAGUACCUCGCCCCGCGGCCGGCCGUCCCGCCGCGCUGCCUGGCCCCCAGGAAGGAAACGCUGGAGGAGGACGACGGUUACGUCCGGCUGUUACGGCGGCAGGUGGAGGAGGUGUUCCGGGACAAUCGGAUGAUUGCCGUCUGUCAGUACAACUCCAUGCCCGACGAGGACGUGGUGCUGAUGAGGCACUACCUCCGGAAGCACAACAUUGAGGUCAAGUUCGUCCUGAACGAGAUCGUCAGACCCGUGCUGUCGCAGUCCAAGUACAAGAAUCUCCUCCCGCUCUUUGUGGCGCGCAAUAUCCUGCUGGUGAGCCCGGAAACGAAGGCGAAGGAGAUGCUGCGGGUGCUGAAGGGAGUGCCGCAGAUCAACCUCCUGGGCGCCUGCAUCGACGACACCAUCCUGAGCAGGCAGGGAGUGGAGAACUUCGCCAAGCUGCCCUCGCUGGAGGCUUCCCAGGGGCAGACGGCGGGUGCCCUGGCCCUCCUGCCCUCCCAGACGUCCUCCCUGCUCCAGCGUGGCUCCGUGCACCUCACGGCUCUCCUGGAUCAGCACAUCCGCAGGCUGCAGGCUGGGGAGACGGGGAGUCCGGCUGAGCCCGCCCCUGCCCAGAGCUUGGGGGCUCAUUGAUGCUGGCCCCCGGCCCCCAGUUGGGCCCUGUGUGUUGGCCGGGAGUCGGCUCCUUCACCGGCUGCAGUCGGGGAGGGGUCAGGGAUCGAAGAUUCGGCGCUGGGUGGGCAGCCAGCGGCGGGACUGAGGGCAGCGGGGCCCUGCGGCACCACCGGCCCGUUUGGGGAGCCCUGACCCUUCCCUUUGCUCCCCGCUACCCCUGCCUGGGAACAACCCGGCUGCGUUUCGGGUGCUGUGGGGCUGCGGUCGGAGGGUCGCUGGGAUCGGCUGGAGGAGGCAGAGCGUGGCGGGGACCUGUGGUGGUGCUGGCGAGGACGAUGUCCAGCGUGCCAAGCCCCCGCGCCCUCCGGAACGGGGGCAACGAAGGGGAGCCUGGCAGCACUGGCUGAGCUGCAUCUGUGGGAUCGUUGUCUUGUCCAUUAAAGCGUGGUGGUGGA